CUGGCGCGGUUGCUACGGGUAACGCCUGCUCUGUGGUAACCCGAGUACAGAGGGGUAAGCGCGCGCACAGAGCCGCUCUGUCUGAGGGGGGCGGCGUUGUCCCCCACCUCAUGAACCCCCCACCCAGCACCGGGCUCUCCCAUACCGGAAGUGGCCGUGUUGUCCCGUCGUUGCGCCCUCAGCAGCACUGUGUCACACUCACACACACCGGAAGUGGCGCUGGCUGCGCGGCGGUUUGGCGCCGGUGGAGGGAGUCCUUCGUGCGGCUGCACUUCCGGUCGGCAUUUUGUUCUGUGUGAGGGAGAAGCGGAUCCCGAUUAGCCUGAAGCGGCCGCCGCGCACUGACCGGACUCCUCCCCUUCGCCGCCAGCCCCCCCCCAGCUCUCUCUUCUCCCUCCGGGCCGUACUCGGCAGCCCGUGUCUCGGGGACGGGGGACAGCGACGCCCGUUGUGAGGACGCACGGAGAGCUGCGGCCUGACGGGAAGGCAGUCGUGUCCGGAUAGAGAGCGCUCGGGCCGGGGAGUGUACGUGUGUGUGGCGGACACUCGGACUGUGAAUCUUCCCCCCCCUUCCCUCUGUUGGUUCCCGGCGGCGGCUGCAGGCGGGAGGGAGGGGGGCAGGACGGGGGAAGGAGGAGGAGGAGAAGGGAUCGGCUCCUUCCCCGCUCCCCCUCUCUCUACAUGUCCGGAUUAUCCUCACCAGGCCCGGAGUGACGGAAGAUCGGCUCCCCCCUAGCGGCCCGGACUGGAGGCCGCAGUCCCAGCCUGCCGCUCAGUGUAUAGGAGAUGGGAAGUAAUGACAGGUGGCACCUUCAUUAAAAUACCUGCCUAGAUUCCACCAUCCUACAGCUUCAGGAUGAAUGGGGAUAUGCCUCAUGUUCCCAUUACGACUCUAGCGGGAAUUGCUAGUCUCACAGACUUACUGAACCAGCUGCCUCUUCCAUCCCCUUUACCUGCUACAACUACAAAGAGCCUCCUCUUUAAUGGACGGAUAGCAGAAGAGGUGAACUGCCUUCUGGCAUGCAGGGACGAACCUCUGGUGUCACAGCUUGUCCACAGCCUCAAUCAGGUGUCAACAGACCACAUAGAACUGAAAGAUAACCUGGGAAGCGAUGAUCCUGAGGGCGACAUACCAGUCUUGCUGCAGGCCACCUUGGCCAGAAAUCCCAAUGUUUUCAGGGAAAAAAGUAUGCAGAACAGAUAUGCGGUGCAAAGUGGGAUGAUGAUGCCCCAGUAUAAGCUUCCCCAGAAUUCCAUGCAUGGCAGCCCAGCAUCUUCCAAUUAUCAACCAACCACUAUCUCUCAUAGCCCUUCCAGUCGAUUUGUGCCACCUCAGACCAGUUCAUCAAAUCGAUUUAUUGGCCAGCAAAACAGUCCUGUUCCUAGCCCUUAUGCUCCCCAAAGUCCUGCAGGAUAUAUGCCAUACCCACACCUUGGAAGUUACACACAACAUCAACAAAUGCAGCAAGCUUCUGUUUCCAGUCCAAUUGUGGCAGGGGGUCUGAGGAACCUGCAUGAAAACAAAGUCUCCGGCCAAUUGGCAGGGAACUCUGCAAACCACCAUGCUGAUAACUCCAGACACAACACUAGUGAGGACUAUCUGCAGAUGGUACAUAGACUGGGCAGUGAGGAUAGUGAUUCUUCAAUAAGGAAUGCUGCCUCAUUUCCUCUACGAUCCCCACAGUCAGUGUGCUCUCCUGCUGGAAGCGAAGGAACACCGAAAGGAUCAAGAUCAUUAAUUCUUCAGUCGCAACCUCCUCCCUACACCUCUCCGAGAGAUGCUCCUCCUGAUAUUUUGCUGGACUCCCCUGACAGAAAGCUAAAAAGACAGAAAAAGUUAAAGACGAGCAAAGAUGAGAAGGAGUCGAGUGAAAAGUCAGCAAUGUAUGACAUCAUUAGUUCUCCCUCCAAGGACUCUACCAAACUCACAUUAAGACUGUCACGUGUAAGAUCUUCAGAAAUGGACCAGCAGGGAGACAUUCUCUCCAGCAUGGAGAACAGUAACGUUUCGGAGGGUGACUCCUCAUUCAAUGUGCAGUAUCCUGGGCAUGCAUCAAAAACGCCAGUCACUCCACAAGACGUAAAUCGUCCUUUAAACGCUGCUGCUUGUUUCCAAGAGCAGAAUGAAUUCCUGCAAGUGCCCGUCCUACAGCCCAACACGUCUGCAACUGCAAAACCGUCUCAACCUCCCGUGGCUCAGUCACAAACCCAACAAACAGGAAACAUAACGCCAUAUGACGAAGUUGAACUGGAUGCUCUGGCGGAAAUAGAGAGGAUAGAACGGGAAUCUGCCAUUGAGAGAGAACGCUUUUCAAAAGAAGUUCAGGAUAAAGAUAAACCUUUAAAGAAGAGGAAGCAAGAUUCCUAUCCAUUAGAAGCUGGAGGUGCUACUGGGGGAAACAGACCAGCUUCCCAGGAGACAAGUGCUACAGGAAAUGGGUCACGGCCAGCUUUAAUGGUUAGCAUUGAUCUUCUGCAUGCUGGCAGAGGGGACUCUCAGGCAACUGCAACUCAGGACUCAGACUCGGCAAAGAAAUCUGAAGAAGCAAAACAUUGUAAUGAUGGAAUUGUUUCUGUGCCUCCUGAAGACCCUAUGGGAGUUCAUAAAAAUACAUCGGAAAACAAUCCAGGGACUCCAAGAAAGACGUCAGAAACUGAGCAUCCUGAGCAAUCCGUCAUAAGCACACCUACUAAAGAUCCAGGUGACCUUGUGCCGGAGGAGUCGCUGAAAGAGGGCAACCCAUGUGACAUCAAAGCGGAGACCCCUGAGGGUGUUGGAAAUCCUAAAGUUUGUGAAGAGAGCAAAAGCGAGACAAAGCCUGGAGAAAGCGAGAUAAAGCCUGGCGAAAGCGAGACGAAGCCUGGCGAAAGCGAGACGAAGCCUGGCGAAAGCGAGACAAAGCCUGGCGAAAGCGAGACGAAGCCUGGCGAAAGCGAGACGAAGCCUGGCGAAAGCGAGACGAAGCCUGGCGAAAGCGAGGCAAAGCCUGAAGAAAGCGAGGCAAAGCCUGAAGAAAGCGAGCAAAGUUGUGAGGACAACAAGAUGGAGAGUAAAACAGAUGAGGUAACUGAGGAUGUAAAGGCAGAGUCAAAUGACACCAAGCCGUGUGACAACCAGGAGGGAGAGACACCCAAUGAAAGUGUCAGUGACUCUAAUAAAGAUGAUGACAAACAGGAGCAGAAACAGCAGCCAAGUACUCCAAAACAGCGUAGUGAAGGCAAAUCGGACACUUCCAAACAAAAACCUGAGUCAAGGCGGGAGACCAGACAGAAGGGCGACAGCAAACCAGAGCAAGCCAAACAAAAGGCUGAGCAGCCAAAACAGAAAGGUGAUGGGAGGUCCGAUACGCCCAAGCAGCGGACUGAUGGACGCUCUGAUAAUCCAAAACAGAAAAGUGAUGGGCGCCCAGAAACACCGAAGCAUAAAAACGAUAGACCUGAUACACCUAAGCAAAAGGGUGAAGGCCGACCCGAAACACCUAAGCAGAAAAGUGAUGCCCGACAAGAAGGCCAUAGACAAAAAAGUGAUGAGCGUACGAUAUUGACUAGACAGAAAAGUGACAGUCGCCCAGAGACGCCCAAACACAAACAUGAUAACAGAAAAGACUCAAUCAGACUCUCAUCCGACAAGAAACCAGAUUCAUCCAAAAAUAAAACAGAUUCAAAGCCCGAUUCUCCUAGGGUCAAGUCUGAAAGUCGCUCUGAUGCCGCUAAGCCGAAAGUGGAUGGGCGACCAGGUCGUGAAUCUUCAAAGCGAGAUCCUGAAAAUCCAAAACAGAAAUCUGAAGACAAGAGUGAAUCUGAUCGUCACAGGGUCAGGAAACCGGAGUCUCUGAGGUCCUUCAACAAGAACGAACAGGAUUCUAAACAAGGAAACAAGUCUGACCCUCCCAAAAAGGAUAAUUCUGAGCGAAAGCUCAGGCACGAUUCUGAGUCACGGGACAGACUUUCUUCUGGGGAGCAUAAAUUAAGACCGGGAAGCCCACGGAUUAAAUCUGACAGUAAACCAGACCCAAGUAAAUCAAAGACAGAUAAAUCUGCAUUAAGGUCGCCAACUGGUAAAGAUGACAAAAGGACCGAUGGGAAUAAAUCCAAGGUGGAGGGGAAUAAGGCACAUGGGGACAACAAGGGAGGUUUCCCAAGUUACUUGUUGGGUGGGAGUCAGGGCACACUGAAAAACUUUGUCAUUCCAAAACUCAAGAGGGAUAAGGAUGGCAAAGUCACCCAGGAGCCUAAGCGAACAGAUCAGAAAGGGCAGCAGAAAGCUGAUAAAGUGGGUUUUGUGGAAGAUCUUAACAAAGGAGCUAAGCCUGUAGUGGUUCUUCACAAAAUGUCUUUGGAUGAAGUACAAAAACUCCUUAAAGAAAGAGAGGAAAAAUCCAAGGCGGCAUUGAAGUCUAAUAAGAACAAGCAAUCGAAAUCCAGCAAAGCGGGCAUCGACCAGUCGGUCCUGAAAGAGCUUCCCCCUGAGCUGGUGGCAGAAAUUGAGUCAUCCAUGCCACUCUGCGAACGUGUGAAGAUGAACAAACGGAAGCGGAGCACGGUCAACGACAAGCCCAAAUACGCCGAGAUCAGCUCCGAUGAUAACGAAAGUGAAGAAGACUUUGAACCCUCUAAGAAACGACACAAAAAGGAGAAAAAGGAUGAGGAGUGGAAAUGUGAGGAAAGAGAGCGACGAAGCUCAGGGGAUCACCGUCGUGGGAACGAUAACCGGCGGAGCAGCCGCUACAGGGAACGCAGCCCUGAGGACUCUGAUAUGGAGGGAUCUCCACCAUCAAGCCUCAGAGAAGUCGCCCGGCAGAUGAGGAAGAAAGAACGUCUAAAGAAAAGGAAAGCCUACGAGCCCAAGCUUACCCCGGAAGAAAUGAUGGACUCUUCUACGUUUAAGAGGUUUUCGGCAUCAGUGGAAACUAUAUUAGAAAAUCUGGAAGAUAUGGACUGGAGCAAUUUUGGUGACGAUGAAGAAAUCCCUGCAGACCUUCUGUUGGGAAAACAUCAGUUGAAUGAGCUUGGCAGUGAGUCUGCAAAAAUAAAAGCAAUGGGCAUCAUGAAUAAGAUUUCUUCAGAGAAAAUGGUCAAGUUACUCGGGAUUCUCGAGAAGAAUAUCCAGGAUGGUUCCAAGCUUUCCACUUUGCUGAACCAUAACAAUGAUACAGAAGACGAGGAAAAGCUGUGGCGCGAUCUGAUCAUGGAGCGAGUAACCAAGUCUGCUGAUGCCUGUUUGACGGCCAUCAACAUUAUGACAUCUCCCAGUAUGCCCAAAGCAGUUUAUAUUGAGGAUGUCAUCGAGCAUAUUCUUCAGUACACUAAAUUUCACUUACAAAACACACUUUAUCCCCAGUAUGAUCCUGUUUAUAGGGUCGAUCCCCAUGGAGGGGGUUUAAUGAGUUCAAAAGCAAAACGUGCAAAAUGUUCCACCCACAAGCAGAGGGUCAUUGUUAUGCUGUACAACAAAGUGUGCGACAUUGUGGCCAGCCUGUCAGAGCUCCUAGAGAUACAGCUGCUCACAGACACCACCAUCCUGCAGGUGUCUUCGAUGGGGAUUACUCCAUUUUUUGUGGAAAAUGUCAGUGAAUUGCAGCUGUGUACCAUCAAGCUGGUCACUGCGGUGUUUUCCAGGUACGAAAAACACAGGCAGCUGAUUUUGGAGGAGUUGUUCACCUCUCUUGCAAGACUUCCAACAAGUAAAAGAAGCCUGAGGAAUUUUAGGUUAAACAGCAGUGAUGAUGACGGGGAAGCCAUGUAUAUCCAAAUGGUAACUGCACUGGUCUUACAGCUCAUACAGUGUGUGGUGCACCUUCCUAAUGAUAGAGACCAUGCAGAGGAGGAGUCAAACAAGAAGAUCGACCAAGAUGUCUUCAUCACUAACUCGUAUGAAACCGCCAUGCGGACUGCACAGAAUUUUCUGUCUAUUUUUCUUAAAAAGUGUGGCAGUAAGCAAGGGGAGGAGGACUACAGGCCACUGUUUGAAAACUUUGUCCAGGACCUUCUGUCUACAGUGAACAAGCCUGAGUGGCCAGCAGCUGAAUUGUUGCUGAGUUUGCUUGGUCGGCUCUUGGUUCAUCAGUUUAGUAAUAAGUCAACAGAGAUGGCAUUACGUGUGGCUUCAUUGGAUUAUUUGGGUACAGUAGCAGCGCGACUCAGGAAGGAUGCAGUUACCAGCAAGAUGGACCAAGGAUCAAUAGACCGAAUACUAAAGCAGGCCCCCAAAGGUGAAGAUGAGAUUCAGCAGCUGCAAAAGGCUUUGUUGGAUUACCUCGAGGAGAACACAGAGACAGAUCCGUCUUUAGUGUUUUCUCGGAAAUUUUAUAUAGCUCAGUGGUUCCGGGACACUACAAUGGAGACAGAGAAAGCCAUGAAAUCCCAAAAGGAUGAGGACUCUGAAGGAGUACACCACGCAAAAGAGGUUGAGAGCACAGGAGAUAUCAUGCAGCGAGCAGAAAAACGCAAAAAAUUCCUCCGCAGCAUCAUUAAAGCAGCACCAUCACAGUUUAGCACUUUGAAGUCAAAUUCUGACACAGUUGACUAUGAUGAUGCUUGUUUGAUUGUGCGAUACUUGGCCUCUAUGAGGCCGUUUGCCCAGAGUUUUGAUAUUUAUUUGACCCAGAUUCUGCGGGUACUAGGAGAGAAUGCAAUUGCUGUCCGAACGAAAGCCAUGAAGUGUUUGUCUGAAGUUGUAGCUGUAGAUCCAAGCAUUCUUGCCAGGUUGGAUAUGCAGCGAGGAGUUCAUGGGAGACUUAUGGACAACUCGACCAGUGUGCGGGAGGCAGCUGUGGAGUUACUGGGGCGUUUUGUGCUCUGCAGACCUCAGCUCGCUGAGCAGUAUUAUGACAUGCUUGUAGAGAGGAUACUAGACACUGGUAUUAGCGUAAGGAAGAGGGUGAUAAAGAUCUUGCGAGAUAUCUGCUUGGAGCAACCAACCUUUCCCAAAAUUACAGAGAUGUGUGUGAAGAUGAUCCGCAGAGUGAAUGAUGAAGAAGGCAUUAAGAAAUUGGUGAAUGAGACAUUCCAGAAACUCUGGUUCACGCCAACCCCCCAAAACGAUAAAGUAGCGAUGACCAGAAAAAUACUGAACAUAACAGAUGUGGUUGCCGCAUGUCGGGACACGGGAUACGACUGGUUUGAACAACUGCUGCAAAAUCUUUUAAAAGCAGAAGAAGAUACAUCGUACAAACCUGUGAAGAAAGCCUGUACGCAGCUAGUGGACAACCUGGUGGAACAUAUCCUCAAGUAUGAGGAGUCCAUGUCUGAUUCGGACAAUAAAGGUGUGAACUCUGGACGGCUGGUUUCUUGCAUCACCACUCUGUUCUUAUUUAGUAAAAUCAGGCCUCAGUUGAUGGUAAAACACGCCAUGACCAUGCAGCCAUACCUCACCACUAAAUGUAACACCCAGAAUGAUUUCAUGGUAAUAUGCAACGUAGCGAAAAUCUUGGAGCUGGUUGUGCCACUAAUGGAACAUCCGAGUGAGACCUUCCUCACCACAAUAGAGGAGGAUCUCAUGAAACUAAUCAUCAAAUAUGGCAUGACGGUGGUACAGCAUUGUGUGAGCUGUCUCGGGGCUGUUGUCAACAAAGUAACCCAAAAUUAUAAGUUUGUUUGGGCCUGUUUUAAUAGAUACUAUGGUGCGCUGAUAAAGUUAAAAACUGAGCAUCAGGAAGACCCCAACAGCACCGUACUGACCACCAACAAACCAGCUCUCCUGCGCUCGCUCUUCACUGUCGGGGCUCUCGCUCGACAUUUUGAUUUUGAUCAAGAAGAUUUCAAGGGUAGCAGUAAAGUCAACAUCAAGGACAAAGUUUUGGAGUUGCUGUUGUACUUCACAAAACAUUCAGAUGAGGAAGUGCAAACUAAAGCCCUUAUUGGACUUGGGUUUUCAUUCAUUCAGCAUCCAAUUCUCAUGUUUGAAGUGGAGGUGAAAAAUUUGUAUAACAGUAUUCUCUCCGACAAGAACUCAUCGGUGAACCUGAAAAUUCAAGUACUGAAGAACCUCCAGACCUACCUGCAAGAGGAAGAUACCAGGAUGCAGCAAGCUGACAGAGACUGGAAAAAAGUUUCAAAGCAGGAAGACCUGAAAGAAAUGGGAGAUAUUUCCUCAGGGAUGAGCAGCUCCAUUAUGCAGCUUUACCUCAAACAGGUUCUGGAUUCGUUCUAUCACAAGCAGUCAAGUGUCCGGCACUUUGCUCUCAAUGUCAUCGCAUUGACGCUAAACCAGGGUCUCAUUCAUCCUGUGCAGUGUGUGCCAUAUCUGAUUGCGAUGGGGACGGACCCUGAGCCUUCCAUGCGAAACAAAUCAGAUCAGCAACUGGUUGAGAUAGACAAGAAAUACACUGGAUUCAUCCAUAUGAAAGCUGUAGCAGGCAUCAAGAUGUCCUACGUGGUGCAGCAAGCAAUUGUGUCCGAUGCCAAGCGUGUCGUGCGUGGGUUCCGGCAAGACGAAUCCAACAGUGCUCUAUGCUCUCACCUGUAUUCUAUGAUCCGAGGGAACCGUCAGCACAGACGCGCUUUCCUUAUCUCAUUGCUCAACCUGUUUGAUGAUGCUUCGAAAACGGAAGUGACUAUGCUCGUGUAUAUAGCGGACAAUCUAGCCGGUUUUCCAUAUCAAACUCAGGAGGAGCCACUGUUUAUUAUGCAUCACAUAGACAUUACGUUAUCUGUGUCGGGUAGUAAUCUCUUGCAGUCAUUUAGGGAGUCAAUGGUAAAAGGUGGUAAGCGCAAGAAAAAAUCCAAGGGCGAAUCGGAGGAAGAAAACCGUGAAAGUGAGGAGGAGGUGGUGGUGGUAAAGCCUAGAAGAGCAAGACGGCGAGCGGCCGAAGAGUCCGAUUCUGAUGAUGAGGACAAUAUCGAUUAUGUCCUGAACUGUCUGCCGGAUGAUGCUGCUCCACUCAUCGAGUUUGCAAACGCCUCACAAGGAAUCCUCUUACUUCUGGUGUUGAAGCAGCAUUUGAAAAACCUCUGUGGAUUCUCUGAUAGUAAAAUUCAGAAGUAUUCACCGUCAGAAUCUGCAAAGAUAUACGAUAAGGCUAUAAACAGGAAAACAGGAGUCCAUUUUCACCCGAAGCAAACCCUGGAAUUUCUUAAGAGGGACAUGGUCAACAAGAAGAUUAAUGAUGACAUCAAGAGGACGAUUGCGAAACAAUAUUUGGACUUCAAGUUACUCAUGGAACACUUAGACCCUGAUGAGGAAGAGGAGGAGGGAGAGGUUUCUGCCAGCACAGAUAUCCGAAACAAAGCCAUUACUAAUUUGCUUGGAGGUAACAGCCCUAAAAACAAUGUGGCUGUGGCUGAGACUGAGGAAGAGGAAAGCGAUGGGGAGGAGAAAGCUGGGGCGACGUCAGGGUUAAGAAAAUCGAAACGGUUAUCAGACUCUUCAGAUCUAUCAGGCCAGAUGAAUGAGACGGUCGACGCCCAGGAUGUCAUUGCAAUUUGUUGUCCAAAGUACAAGGACCGGCCACAGAUUGCAAAAGUAGUUCAGAAAACCAGGCACGGGUACAGCAUUCAGUGGAUGGCGGGCUCCUACAGUGGCACUUGGGCUGAGGCCAAACGCCGUGACGGACGAAAGCUUGUGCCUUGGGUCGAUACAAUUAAAGAGUCGGACAUCAUUUACAAAAAAAUUGCGCUCUCGAGCGCGAAUAAGCUGACUAAUAAAGUUGUUCAGACUUUACGAUCGCUGUACGCAGCCAAGGACGGGACUUCCAGCUAAUAAUACGUUUGUAUAUUUGCAGCCAAAUUUACAGGAAAAAAAAUACACAAAAAGAAAAAAAAAAUAAGUCAUAAACUUGAAAUCUCAGCAUUCUGGCAAAAAAAAAAAAAAAAACAACGUAAAAGAUCAGUUUUAUGAAGCGCAAGAGUGGAACAUGGCGGCCUGAAGGAAAUGUUUGGAAAACAUUGUCGUGGGAGCUUCCUUCGCUGUUGUACAGCAGAAACUUCUCAGUUCAUUUUUACUCCCACUGUAUUAUAGUUUAACAAAAAUUUGUUUAUAUCUUGAAGAAUACUUUCUGUUUAAAAAAAAAAAAACGAGCGAAAAAAAAUGACAAAAAAUAAACAAGUGAAUGUUGAAAAUUAGUCUGUUAAUGUUCUUAAUAAAGUGUUCUUGGAGUUUAACCUAGCAGCGGAUGGCUUUCUUUAGCUUAGCCCGUUUUCCAGAGGAGCAUCAAUUCUUAUUUUUAUUUUAUUAUAAUUUUAUUUUAUUUUUUUCCUUCUUCAGGCUGUAAAAUGGCAGAAUGUUCUGAACACAUAUAAUUUAUUCUGUUGGACGGGGAGGGGGAGCAUGCAGUAUCUAUGACCGUUUCUGCAGGAGAUUAUUUUUUAUUAUUAUUAGUUCUAUAUUAUUUUCAGUUUAUUUUUAAUUUUUUCCUCUUUUGGUUUGUAAAUGUAGAAUUCUUUUGAUGUAUUGAGUCACCCUGAAAAUGAGUAUAAAAAAAACACACAAAAGGGAUCCCGAGAAUACCUGCUGGAGAAAAUACUGCAAUAAAUUUUUUUACUACUUUGUUACUUGUCUUGUUUCCGGUUGCAUUUCUUAAUGUAAAUCUGUUUGCAAUCCAAUUAUAUUAUUACUUUUGACGUCUUUUAUGUAAAAGUUGCUUUUUUAAAUUUUUUUAUUUUAACGCAAGUGAUAUUGUUAAUAAGGUUUGUAUAGGCUGAAAUGACCGCUCUCCUAUUUUCCUCCCUUCUUUUUUUUUUAAGGGGCAUAGACACGAUUUUAACUCCCGAUUUUAUUGUAUCCUGAAAUAUCUAGUGUUUAUCUAUAUGAUCUAGCACUGUGCCAAACACAUUUUCAAGACUGUUUGAUAAAAAAAAAAAUAGUUUA